UGGGGUGUUCUUAGCCUCUCACCAUUUAUAUUUUCUCUUUGCAACUUCAUAAAGUUUGUCACCUUAAUAUAAAUGUAUCAUUCUCCAAUCUUCCUCCUUAACCCCAAAACCAAACCUCUUAGCCUCUCUUUCUUUUUAUUUCUCUUUCUCUCCACCUUGAUGGCAGAAGAUCAAGGUUCACAUGCUAUAGACUUCCAUUUGGGAAACCAUUUAUUAGUUUCCUCCAAUUCUGAUAACUCGGGAGAAAGUAAAAACAACAUGAAGCCACUGAACCAACAAAAUGAAGAAGGUGAAGCACUCGUGAAUAAGAAGCGAAAUCGAGAGAUCGCGAGUGAAAAUGAGAAAGACAAUAUUACUAGCGAUGAAGGGUUAGAUGGAAAACAUCCAGAAUCUAAUAACGAAAUGUUUGACGACCUUCGUGGUUUGCUUCCGCAACUUCCUUCCGAGGCGGAUGAAGCAACCGUUAUUAAGGUAGCAGCUAACUACAUUAAAGGUCUGGAGGAAAGCCGCAAAAGGCUAGGGAAAAUAACUAAGAGAAUGUUCCCAUAUGUUUUCAAAGAAAUAAUGGGAACUUCAGAUACAAUUUUAAUCAAUGGGAAGAAGAAAUUAGAAUUUGACAAAGUAUGGACUUCUUCAAACAUGGUCUUGAACAUUCAUGCCAAUUGGGCCCAAUUCACAGUUUGCUCCGCCUACAAGCCACACCUCUUGAACACCAUCACUUCUGUGUUGGAGAGGCACAACAUAGAGGUCAUUGCUGCCAACGUUUCAUUCAAUCAUAAUGAAAAUGGAAAGACAUGCAUGAUUCUAGUUCAUGCAAAACAAGUUUCAGAUGAAAAUUCAGCUGAGGAGACUUACAAGGAUGCGUCUGGAGAGAUUUUCUCAUUGAUCUCUUAAAAUUAAGGGUGAUAAAGAAAUAAACUUGUAUUCUCAUCGUGUUAGAAAGCUUUAAUGCCUAAACUAGGACAGUUCUAAAGGCAACUGAAUAAAUGCUUUCACAUUAUGGUUUUUUUUUUCUUUUUGGAUCAGCAGUUUUCAUGUGUGUGGUUUAAGCGUGCUCAAGGUGAACCUUUGUUCAAUAAAUAAAAUAUAUCAAUCGUUGCUUGAAUUUAAA